ACGAUCAGAAAAUGAGGAUAUGUGCCGGAGGGAACAAUCAACCGUUUGCUUAACGAAGCCCCACGAGGGCAUACCUCUAUCGGUACCCUUUUUUUAGCGCAUUAUAUGACAGGAUGCUACGACUUCCUAUUUGGAUCUUUACUCUAAACUUUUGACCUUUCAAUUGUUACAAGAAUAUACGGCAAUGUCGGAUGCGGCUGAUCCACCUCCGGCCACCGAGCAGGUACCUGCUAUUGAGCAACAGGAUGAAGCAGCAUUACCAGCAGAACCUCCAAAAGAUCUCGAUACGGCAAUGUCCGUCACCCCAGCCCAAGCUAUGGAGCUCAACCGUCGUGCCCAGGAAAUCAAGCAUGGAUAUGCCCUGUUGGCGAUGAAGCGGAUCGAGAACGCUUUUGCAGGACUGGAUGACGAGAAUAAUAUGGACCAAGGAACGGAAGUGGUAGAUUUAGGUGACGAGGAAAAGAAACUGAACGAAGCUAUGGCUGCCUAUGCCUCGGAACUGCAAUCAUAUGGCUUCCAGCCGGGGACAAACGACUUUGAAACCGCCAUGGCGGAUCUCACUCAACCAAUGGAUGUGCCCAAGGAAACGGUCCAGGAACCCACUGUGCCAGUCAUGCCGCCAAAAGCGGUGGACCCAUUGCCAUAUCAUAAUGUGUGGAAAUCAGGUGUGAUGGAAUUGGGCAAGGACGAGAUCAACGUGGAGGAGAAGGCUGAGGAAGAGCUAGUGCCAGAGCCACCCGUUGAGGUAGAACCUACUCCAAUACCCGUUCCGCCGGAAGAAGAGAAGAUAGAUGAAGUCCCCGUAAAAGAGCCGGAACCCGUUUCACUCCCUCCGCCAGUACAACCACCCGUCACGGUUUCAACGUCGAAACCUCAUACUCAGAAGCGCCUACCGCCGAUUUUACCACGUCCAACGCUCAAAAAGCCCACCCCUGUUGUCAAACAGAGUGUUCAGGCCAGACCUCUUACACUAUCGUUUACAAACUUCUCGGCCGCCUUCCCAACAGACCAUUCUAAUCAACCUACGCAUCAUCCACCCCCCUCACAGCACCAUUACCAUCAGCCAUCUCAGAUCUCCCUUCUCCCACCGGACGCAACACCGCUCCGCGUCCUAGCUCCACAGAGAAUGCAAACGAGUUACCCAGGUAUUACCUCGCCGUUCAUUGCUGGGCCGGUACGACCAAUGCAGGCGGGUGGCGGCAUGGUGCAAGCUGGUAUGCAGCAAAACAAGAAAGCGAAUCCAAAGUGGGCUAAACAAGCGCAAGAGCAGCCGCCACCUUUGACCAUAAUGGAAGCAGUACAUGGUCCAUUGCCGCCUAUCAAACAUGCAUCACAAAGAGUUUUGCAGAUGAGCAGCGACAGCAGAAAGGGCCCCCGCGGUUGAUAGUAACAGAUCGGAUGAGCGUUCGCAUAGCGUGCUGACAUAGUAUAGUAUGCUUAUGUAGCUCCUAUUCUAGGUACGACUGGAUGUGUAUCACGUUCUGUAGCAUGUUCUGAAAGCAGAUACAUAUCUAUAGAGGGGCGUGUCUAUCCGACGAUUGUGAAAUACGUAGUUUUCUUCAGCUCAACUGUCAGAUUCUCCCUACCAUAUCUAAAAAUUACCUCUAAAGUUGAC